AUGUUCCAAACCGUGCUUGCCGGGCUACACUUCGUUUGGCUGUUGUAUCUGUCGACCCCCCCCCCCGACUGCGGGUCCUUUGGCUUGGGCGCCCGGUUGGACUUGUCGUGUACCAAGAAAAUCACGAUUGGGAAGCCUAAGUUGGGCACGUGCGCUGCCAACGAAGAUCUCGACGCAGGCCUGUGCUACCCCAAGUGCAAACCCAGCUACACGGGUGUCGGCCCAGUGUGCUGGGGCCUUCCUCCUCCCUCGUGGGUGCAGUGCGGCAUGGGGGCCGCAAAAUCCUCCGCCCUUUGCAGCAUUGCCAUCAAAGACCAAGUCGUUUCGGCGUUGGUGCUUGCAUUCAACAUUGCCACAAGGUUUACCUCCAGUUCGGCCAAGGUACUCCAAGCCCCGGCGAACGCGGCCCAGGUCUCCCAGGUGUCGAAGGCGUGGAUGAAAGCCGCUCCGCAGUUCAAAACGAGCGAAAUGUGGAUGAAAGCCGAGCCGAAUAUUAAAGUGGGCAAAAAAUUGUACAACGUUUUCAACGGAGCCUACACUGCGACAAUGUCCGUCUAUCAUAUCAAGAAUGCCACAUACGUCACCAACGAAGACUACGUACUGCCAUACGUUGUGGCCGCAUUCAGCGGCCGAAAAGUGAUUGAGGCCCGAGCCAGAGCCACGCUGGACGAACUGCACAGCGUCGGAGUCGCUCACUGUGACGUGCGGGCGGCCAACGUGUUUGUGCUCGGCGUCGUCAAAACAGUCAUCUUGGACGACUUGCAGAACUGCCGCGAGUUGCACGAAGCGCCUCCAAAGGUCGCGUGCCGUCUCAACGACGAGCCUUGCCCCACGGCUCCCGCCUUUGACGAAUACCGGUUUCGGGUGUUUGCGGAGAAGUUACCCUCGAUAUAG